UCCGUCUCCUGAAGUCAAUCAAGUGCCGCCUCCUCUCCGCUCCGCCCCUCUCGUCCGUUUCCUGAUCCUCUCUAUAGUUGGUUCCCCUCGUCUCGCAGCUCUCGCGAUGGACAAGGGCGGCGUCGCGGUGCCCCCGACCCCGGCGGGCUCCUCCGCCGCCGCGGGGAAGAAGGCCAAGCGCUUCGACAUCAAGAAGUGGAACGCCGUCUCCCUCUGGGCCUGGGACAUCGUGGUGGACAACUGCGCCAUCUGCCGCAACCACAUCAUGGACCUCUGUAUCGAGUGCCAGGCGAACCAGGCGAGCGCCACCAGCGAGGAGUGCACCGUCGCUUGGGGAGUUUGCAACCAUGCAUUCCACUUCCACUGUAUCAGUCGUUGGCUCAAGACCCGUCAAGUGUGCCCUCUAGACAACAGCGAGUGGGAGUUCCAGAAGUAUGGUCACUAGACAGUUGUGGCUUCGACGUGGAGUUGCUUCAUGUUUCUCGUAGUUUAGCAGUAGCGGUAACUCAUUCUGAAGAAGGCUACGGAUGGUUAAUUUUUCUGAAGCUCGUACUUUGGUUAUACCGUAUGCAUCCUUAAGGGUGUUCAGCAACUCUUUCCUCCCUUAAAGUUGUAGAGGAAUAUCUCCAUUUGCAGAAAUUAUGUGGCAUUCGGUGGCUAUUAGCAAUGUGCGGUUCUCUGUUUCCUU